AGGUACAACACUUCCUGUCCCAACAGCUCUGGAUCACAACAGUUCGAGUCUAUUCCUCACAACUUUAUCUAGCACUGGUUGAUUGUCGUCACAUCUUACUCUGGACUAUCCAGAUCCAACGUGAUGCUUGAGCUACGCAAGAAGUUACGGAAACUUAAAAGGAAAGAGCUAACUCCUGAGGUCCCUCAGAAACCUCAACAGUUCUCGCAGGGUCAGGUGCCAGCUACCGAGCACAAAAAAAGCUACGGACUCUUUCUUCUUCACGAGAACGCGCUGCCUGAUGACUCGAAAGACUACAUAGGAGUGGAUGUCGUGGCUAUACAUGGUCUGAAUGGGGAUGCUUACACAACAUGGCGACACGAGAAUGGAACUUUAUGGCUCCGAGAUUUGCUUCCGAGUGCCCUUCCUGGAUCUCGCGUAUUUACGUACGGGUAUCCAUCUGAGCUUUUUUGGAGCAACUCAGUAGCCACGUUACGAGACUAUUCUGGGAAUCUCCUGAGCUCUCUUGGAGCUGUAUGGGAAGGAAGACAACGUCCGAUAAUAUUCGUCUGUCAUAGUCUGGGUGGGAUAGUGUGUAAACAGGCACUUGUUAUGGCACAUGAGGAUGACCGCUUACACGGUAACAUACUAUCUGCUGUUUCAGCUAUCGUUUUCUUCGGAACACCACACCGCGGUUCGAGAGGGGCCGAUGUUAGGAAGGCAAUAGCAAGAGUCAUCAACAUGUGUAUGCGCGUACCAGGAAUUACAGGUAUAGUUGGGUCCAUACGAGACGACCUUCUCACUACCCUAGAAUCUAAUUCUCGAGCACUCAACGAUCUUGCUGUUUCUUCUCGAAACCGUCUAAGAGACUUAGAGAUUGUUACCUUCUACGAAACGCAAACAAUACCUGGGCUUUCUGAAUUGGUAGUUCCUCAGACUUCUGCCAUAUUGGAGAUACCAUGCGAGGAUGUCAUAUCUCUUUAUGCAAAUCACAGAACGAUGUGCCGUUUUGGAGGGGCAGCGGAUAGCAACUACAGUCAAGUUCUGAAUGUCAUGAAACGAUUAGCCAAAACAGCGCUCCUAAACCGAGAGAUGACAAUGACAGUAGACCGCACAUCAUCCAACCAGUCUUUGAGCGAAACUGAGAGAUCUUGCAUGGUCCUAUUGAAUUCAAUCUACCUUGUGGAGUAUAAAGCGCAGCUACCAACGCCGGUACAGGGGACCUGCAGCUGGGUUCUGACUCACCCCGCGUAUUUGACCUGGCUAAAAACUGAAGAAACGAAACUACUCUGGAUCACAGGUGAACCCGGCUGUGGCAAAACCAUGCUCUCUGCGUAUAUAACAGAUCACCUCAGACUAGAUCAUGCUACUUCAGUCAAGCCUUCAGUUUUUUUCUUCUUUUGUGACGACAAAGUCAAGUCACAGAGGGAUGCAAAUGCUAUACUCCGAGGUAUCUUGUAUCAAAUCGUACAGCAGCACCGAAAGCUCAUCAAGUACGUUAAGAGUCGGUUCGAAACGGACGGACCCAGCCUUGCAAACUCCUUUCCGGCACUUUGGGAGCUUUUCCUGAAAAUAAUCAGCAAUUCUGCAUCAGGCGCUGUCAGGGUCAUAGUGGAUGCGAUUGAUGAGUGUGAAGUGAGGACGCGUAACAGCUUCUUGAAAGCUAUAAUGCAACUAGUAAAUGAUUCUCAGGAUGUAUACCGACAAUCCCGAAACUGCGUCAAAUUCCUGAUCACCAGUCGACCGUCCCUUGGGAAUUCAUACGAUCUUACCGGAUCACUGAAGAACAGACUGUCUAUCGAGGAAGAUCAGGGCAUUGUCAGUGAAGACUUAAGGCUUGUCAUUCGAAGCAAGGUCGCCGAUAUUGCGAAAAAGUUCAAUUGCGACGAGGAGACGAGGAGCUAUCUAGAACGAGUACUAUAUUCCAAGUCUGAUCAGAGCUUUCUCUGGUUGAAUAUGGUGCUGCACAGCUUGGAAACAAGCUCAAAAGCUUCGAGGAGAGAUUUCGAACGAAUCAUCGACACAUUCCCUCGCAGCCUCCAAGCUACCUAUGACGGAUUCUUGAGCAGAAUCUCAAUUGAGAAUCAAGAAGAUGCUGGAAAAAUUCUACGUCUGCUCGUUGGAUGCUCGAGAUACUUGACGCUAGUGGAGAUUAACACUGCAUUCACAAUUGAUCAAGACCACGAGUCUAUAGCCGAUGUGGUCAAUGAUUUACAGCACUCUAUCAGCACAACACUACAGAACAUCGUAGGGUCAUUCGUUCGCAUCAGAGAAAUAAACUACACCUCUAAUCAGGACUCAAAAGUUUCGCUUGUACACCAGUCUGCCAAAGAGUACUUAACAGAUCUUGCACUUCGUUCUGCAGAGAAGACAGUGAAAAGUCUUGCAGUUUCUUUACCGAAUGCAGCGCUGGAAAUAUCUCAAUCAUGUAUACGGUACCUACUCCUAGAGGAAUUCCAAUUGGAUAUCUUUGCUCCAGAAGGAACAAGCCGCGGGACCAACUCGCCUGAAUCCUAUCGUUCUUUCCCAUACACCGACUUCGACACAACAGCUCCGGAUGAUCAUCUCGGCCUAGACAAUCUCGGCUUAGACGAUCAUCUUGGUCUAGAAAGUUUCUUCAAAAACUCGCGCGACCUAGACGAAGAUCAAUCUGCACUGACCGCUCAGAAGUACAAGUUCUUUGAUUAUGCUGCCACCCAUUGGGCAGAGCACUACUCUCUAUGUGAAGACAUCGCCCCAAAGACUGUCCAGGAUGCCGUCAAGGAAUUGACGAAGAGUUCAGGCUACGUUCUAACAAACUGGUUGAAAUACUACUGGUUCAAAAACAAUAUGGAAUACUCGUUUCCAGAUGUUUUCGAGACUAUUGAAGUAGCCGCGUUUUUCAACUUGUCCAUACUACUUGCUGAGAUUUUAGAGAAGGCAGAGUUUGACAGCGAUGCAAAGAAGGUCCAGGCUCUAUUCUGGGCAGCGAGGAGGUCUUCUCUAAAGUGCAUGAAAGUAUUGCUUCAGCACGAUACAAACCCCAAUGGAAUCGGUACUGACCGACAAACGCCAUUGACUAUAUCGGCGCAGUAUGGCCAUCUAGAUGCUGUCCAGAUACUUCUUGACGAGCCAUUCACGGAUGUUACUCUAAAAGGCAAAUCUGGAAGGUCAGCCCUAUCAUUUGCAGCAGGAAACGGACAUCUGGAGAUUGUAGAAGUCCUGCUGAAACAUGAAGCUCUCAGGCUAAACGAUCAGGAUAACGCACGUUGGACUCCACUUUUCUGGGCUGUGAUAGGAGACCAUGCGAAGGUUGUGCAACUUUUACUAAGGCAAUCGUGUAUUCAUAUCAACGAAGUCGACAAACAUGGACGCUCAGUGCUAUCCUGGGCUGCGGGAGAAGGCGCGGGACGAGCUUUGAAGGUCUUACUUAGGCACCCCUCUAUCGACCUGAACCUGAGGGAUAUUAAAGGGCUCUCUCCACUACUAUGGGCUGCAAGGAACGGUCAAAGAGAAAUAGUUAGUAUUUUGGUGCACAAAACGGGAGUUGACAAAGCCGCAAAAGAUAAGGACUUACGCAAUGCGAUCUCCUGGGCAUGCCAAGGGGGGCAUACUGAUACUUUGCGCAUUUUACUUAAGAACAACUGUGGGGGUGAGGAUGACGUUGAUGUCGACACUUGGACACCCUUGCUAUGGGCGCUCUUUGAUCGGUCCCCAGCGACUGUGGAAGUGCUUCUUUCGAGCCAGCGCGUCCAAAUCGACCGCCAAGACGGCUAUGGGCGUACAGCCUUGAUAUGGGCUGCGAGCUAUGGGUACCUAGACGUGGUGCAGCUACUGAUAUCAUGGAAAGCAAAUGUGCUUAUCAAGAAUCAUGGUGGACAUGCUGCUGCAGAUGUCGCAAGGAUGGAAGGGCAUACGGAGGUGUGGGAAUUUUUGGAGGCUCAGCAACGCAAGGAACUAGAGAAGAGUGUAGAUGAGUGAGUAACAAUAUGUGCGUAGUUUCCCAUCAAUACGAGCGUGUAAAGAGAGAGUAGUUAACCUAACGUCAAUCCAAGCGUGCCGGGAUGCACGGUGUAACAGGACACCUUUUCUUUCGGGUGUUCGGAGUGCUCCCACCACGCCUGUAAAUCGACA